GACGUCACGCGUCUGUUCCCCUUCCCGCUCCACUCGCUAGCUUAGUCGCGCCGCGUGCAGUGCGAACAAGUGCGAGCGUGAGAGGCUAGAAGACUCGUCUCCGGCGCCCGCGGAGGCACGGCACUUCUCGCGGGAGGUCCCUGGCGGAAGAGCAGAAUGCGAGGUCUGCACAGAAUCGGGGCCGGUUUACGAUCGGCAUCAAGUACCUUUGAAGUAUCCCAAGUCCCCAAGUCAUUGCCCAAUCUUGCUGAAACAGUCAUAAUAGGAGGAGGUGCAAUAGGCUGCAGUAUAGCAUACCAUCUGGCAAAAUUGGGUCAGAAAGGAGUAGUUUUAUUGGAAAAAACUGAAUUGACUGCUGGAUCAACAUGGCAUGCUGCUGGACUCACAGCUCUCUAUCAUCCCACCCCAAAUAUGAAGCAGUUGCAUUAUUACAGCAUUAAUUUAUAUACACAAUUGGAAAAUGAAACUGGGCAAAAUGUUGGAUUUCAUCAACCUGGAAGCAUCCGUCUGGCUACAUCACCAGUGCGAAUGGAUGAGUUCAGGUACCAGAUGUCUCGUCAGCUUCAUAAAGAUGCUCCACAAAUGAUUAUUUCUCCAGAUACCAUAAAGAGCUUAUGUCCAAUUCUAAAUAUGGAUGGGAUAUUGGGAGGUCUUUAUAAUCCUAAUGAUGGACAUAUUGACCCAUAUUCAUUAACGCAAGCAUUGGCAAUAGGAGCAAGAAAAUAUGGAGCCAGUAUUUAUCAGAAAUGCUCAGUUUCAAACAUUCAAAGGAAUUCUGAGGGUCUCUGGGAAGUUCAAAUAAAUUCAGAACAUGUCCUAAAAGCAAAAAAUGUUGUAAAUGCUGCAGGUUUUUGGGCACGUGAGGUGGGACAACUUGCAGGACUUGAUUUACCACUUGUUCCUGUAGAGCAUCAGUAUUUAAUUACCACACCAAUAGAUGAUGUAAAUAAUUUAGAAAGGGAAAUCCCUGUUCUUCGUCAUUUAGAUGGUUCUUUUUAUCUCCGCCAAGAACGUGAGAAUUGUUUACUUGUUGGACCAUAUGAAUCACAAGAGUCAAUGAAAUUAUGUGAAGACUGGGCAACCAAAGGUGUUCCUCCAGGAUUUGGAAAAGAAUUAUUUCCAUCAGAUUUAGAUCGUUUGAAUCCACAUUUAAAAAUUGCUAUGGAACUAGUUCCUUGCUUUGCAUCUGCAAAUGUGAAAACAGUGGUAUGUGGUCCUAUUACAUAUACUCCUGAUUUACUACCAAUGGCUGGGCCUUCUCAAGAAAUAGGAAUGUGGUUGGCAGUGGGAUUUGGGUAUGGAAUAAUUCAUGCUGGAGGCAUUGGACGUUAUUUAGCUGAGUGGAUUCUCAAAAAAGAACCUCCAUAUGAGCUUAUUGAAUUAGAUCCGUGUCGAUAUGGCACAUGGACAACUAUGCCAUACACAUUUGCAAAGGCUAGAGAGUCGUAUGGAAUGAACAAUGCUGUUCCUUAUCCUCAUGAAGAAAGAACAGCAGGUCGACCUACACUUAGGAGGAGUGGCAUCUUUGAUGUUCUUCUUGAAAAGAAAGGACAAAUGUCUUUUCACAGUGGAUGGGAACAGCCAUCUUGGUUUGCAAAGAAAGAAGAGGCUCCUUUUUAUCAACCAAGUUUUAAAAGGACUAACUGGCAUUCAGCAGUACAACGAGAAUGGCAAACUGUAAGAAACCAUGUAGGUAUCAUUGAUUUGUCACCUUUUGGAAAACUUUAUGUAAGGGGACCUGAUUCUACAAAAUUUUUGGAUUUUAUCACUGCAAACCAUGUACCUAAAGCUGAAAAGGAAGAAACAUACAGAAUAUGCAUAUCACAUUGUUUAACACCAUCUGGAAAAGUGUAUGCAGAGUUAACUGUCACAUCUCUGGGCAGUGAUGAAUAUUUCCUAGUUACUGGGAGUGGGAGUGAACUACAUGACCUCAGGUGGCUUAGACAACAUGCUGAGGAAAAUGGAUAUAAUGUGUCAAUUAGUAAUGUAACAGAUGAGUUGGGAUGCUUGAGUAUUGCUGGUCCAAAGUCUGGAAAGCUCUUAGAAAAAUUAUGUCCAAAUCUAUCAGUGAAGAAUUUCAAAUUUUUUACCGGAAAGAAGGUGCAUAUAGAUGGAAUUGAGGUACUUGCAUUAAGACUGUCAUAUACAGGAGAACUUGGCUGGGAAUUCUAUUGUAAUAAAAGUAAAAUAAAAUUGUUGUAUGAAAAAAUAUUAAAUACUGGAAAAGAAUACAGUAUUGACGAUUUUGGUACAUUUGCUCUUCAAGUUCUUCGAAUGGAAAAAGGAUUUCGCAUGUGGGGAGCUGACAUGAACAAAGAUACUUCUCCAAUUGAAGCAGGACUACAUAAUUUCAUAAAAAUAAAUAAAGGAUCAUUCAUUGGCCAAAAUGCAUUAGAGAAAGAAUUUCAGGAAGGGCUGACAAAAACUCUUGUUCCUUUGCUUGUUGAUUCUCCUGAUGUUGAUCCAAAAGGCGAUGAAGCUGUGUGGUGUGCAGGAAAAGUUAUCGGCAAUACAACUUCAGGAUGUUUCAGCUAUCACUACCAGAAACCUUUAGCAUUUGCGUACGUUCCUCCGUUUUUGAGUACAGCUGGAACAAACCUCCAGGUGGACUUAUUAAAUACAAAAUUUUCAGCUACAGUACUCCCAACAUUUCAAAUAACCAGCUCAAAAAAGUAAUAACUGAAUUAAUUUUUAAUGUUUUUCCUAACAUUGAUGUUGACUUUUCUUUCAAUAAACACUACCAUGUAUUAUAAUAAAU